GCGGGCGGGGCGGGGGCGCGGAGCCCGCGGGCCCCGCAGCGACCGCCCGGGCGCCGCCCGCAGCCGCCACCGCGGCCGUAAGCGCCCCCGCCUCCCGGGGGUACCGCGCACCGGUAUGAAGCGGUGCCGGUCGGACGAGCUGCGGCAACCCGAAGAGGAUCCCGGUGCCGCGGGGGAACCGCCCGGCCCUGUCGCCAUGGAGGCCAAGUCCGGGGAGGGGGCGGCGGCCCCAGAGACGGGCGCUGUCCCGCCGCCGCCGCGCACCAAGCCCCCCGAUCUGAAGAAGAUCCAGCAGCUGUCCGAGGGCUCCAUGUUCGGCCACGGCCUCAAGCACCUCUUCCACAGCCGGCGGCGGUCGCGGGAACGCGAGCAGCAGAGCUCGCAGGACUCGCUGCCGCCGCACCACGGAGCCUCGGACCACGACUCCCCCGACGAGAAGGAGCGGUCCCCGGAGAUGCACCGCGUCUCCUACGCCGUCUCCCUGCACGACCUCCCCGCCCGCCCCACCGCCUUCAACCGCGUGCUGCAGCAGAUCCGCGCCCGGCCCUCCAUCAAGCGCGGCAGCAGCCUGCACAGCGGCAGCCGCCGAGCCAAGAGCGGCUCCCUGGAGCCCCAGAGGGGCAGCCCCCACCUGCUGCGCAAGGCCCCCCAGGACAGCAGCCUCACCGCCAUCCUGCACCAGCACCAGGGCCGGCCCCGCUCCUCCUCCACCACCGACACUGCCAUCCUGCUGGCCGAGAGCGGCGCCGUCUACCUGCUCACCGAGGACACCGAGGGCCUGGCCGAUAAGCUGGACAAGGGGGACGUGACCGCCCUCAACCUGCCCCCCGGCACCGGCGGGCACGGCGACGCCGAUGGCACCAUCUGCCUGGACGUCCCCGAGGGCACCCCUGACCCCCACAGGACGAAGGCCGCCAUCGAGCACCUGCACCAGAAGAUCCUGAAGAUCACGGAGCAGAUCAAGAUCGAGCAGGAGGCGCGGGACGACAACGUGGCCGAGUACCUGAAGCUGGCCAACAACGCCGACAAGCAGCAGGCGUCGCGCAUCAAGCAGGUCUUCGAGAAGAAGAACCAGAAGUCGGCUCAGACCAUCGCCCAGCUGCACAAGAAGCUGGAGCACUACCACAAGAAGCUGAAGGAGAUCGAGCAGAACGGCCCCUCCCGGCAGCCCAAGGACGUCUUCAGGGACAUGCACCAGGGCCUGAAGGACGUGGGGGCCAACGUCCGCUCCAGCAUCAGCGGCUUCGGGGGCGGCGUGGUGGAAGGGGUGAAGGGAGGCCUCUCGGGGCUCUCCCAGGCCACCCACAGCGCCGUGGUCUCCAAGCCGCGGGAGUUCGCCAGCCUGAUCCGCAACAAGUUCGGCAGCGCCGACAACAUCGCCCACCUGAAGGAGGCGCUGGACGACGGGCACCCCGAGGAGGCGGCGCGGGCGCUCAGCGGCAGCGCCACCCUGGUCUCCAGCCCCAAGUACGGCAGCGACGACGAGUGCUCCAGCGCCACCUCCGGCUCGGCCGCCGGCAGCAACUCCGGGGCGGCCCCCGGCGGGCUGGGCAGCCCCAAGUCCAACACCUUGGACAGCCACCACAACAGCUUCGACGCCAUCCUGGAGGAGCUGCGGGAGAUCAAGGACAGCCAGUCCCACCUGGAGGACUCCAUGGAGGACCUCAAGGCCCAGCUGCAGAGGGACUACACCUACAUGACGCAGUGCCUGCAGGAGGAGCGGUACAGGUACGAGCGCUUGGAGGAGCAGCUCAACGACCUCACUGAGCUGCACCAGAACGAAAUGACCAACCUGAAGCAGGAGCUGGCCAGCAUGGAGGAGAAGGUGGCCUACCAGUCCUACGAGAGGGCACGGGACAUCCAGGAGGCGGUGGAGUCCUGCCUGACGCGGGUGACCAAGCUGGAGCUGCAGCAGCAGCAGCAGCAGGUGGUGCAGCUGGAAGGGGUGGAGAAUGCCAACGCCAGGGCGCUGCUGGGCAAGUUCAUCAACGUCAUCCUGGCCCUCAUGGCCGUGCUGCUGGUCUUUGUCUCCACCAUCGCCAACUUCAUCACGCCGCUGAUGAAGACUCGCACGCGCAUCCUCAGCACCGCCCUGCUCGUCCUCUUCCUCUUCUUCCUCUGGAAGCACUGGGACUCCAUCAGCUACUUCCUGGAGCACAUCCUGCUCCCCAGCUGAUCUGCAGCCCAGCCACUGCUGCCUCCCCCUGCCCCCUCCCCGAGGUCUUUCCGAGGAGAGGUGGUGCAAAGCCUUUGGGUUGUCUCUUCGCGGUUUGGCUUUCGCCUGGUGGAGCUGGGAUCCCCUGGGGUGUCUGGGAUGGGCAGGAUGGGGAAGGAGGAGGAUGAAACUGGGAGUUUAGGGGGCUCUGGGGGCUUUUCCUAGGAGUUUUGGAUGGGUUUCUCAAUGCCCUUCUGUUCUGGAAGUCGGUGGGAAAGAGGCCUUCUGCGGGGGGCUGCUGGCGGCGGGAAGGAUCGAGCUGGACCAAACCUGGCUCCAAGAGGACUUUCUGUGGAGAGAGAGAGGAGAGGUUAGCUGGGGCUGGGGUUGCACUUCUGUCCUGGAAGGCCAAAAUGGCAAAACAGCUCAGUCCCAGGAUGGAGUGGAAGCAAAGCAGGUGGCAAAGAAGAAAGCAGGUCCAAAGCCACCACGGCAGGACCUGCGCAUCCCACCAGCCUCUCCCAACCCCACCACAGCCCAGGCAGCACACAGCAGGGCUGUGACACCAUCCCUGUGUCCCUACAGGGCUGGGACAGUGGAGCUGGGCAGACAGAGGGGGGGACCCAAUGCUGGAGACAGCUCCAGCACAAGCAGCAUCCCCUCAGCCGGUUUCCCUUCAUCGAUUUGAUUCCUUCUCCUUCAGCUUUGAUCUGAUCUCUUCAGGGACACUUGGACUGUGCAGCAUCACACCUGCAGGCCUGGCAGCCCCUGCACUGUGUCUGUCUGUCUGUCUGUCUGUCUGUGUGUGGUUUUUAAUUUAACCCCAAGACUCUCUUCCCAUUUGUGAAUCAAAAGCUGGGAGAGCUGGGGGAGGGGGAGGAAGGGGAGCAGCUGCCUUCUUCCCCCCUGCCCCCAGCCCUACCCAAGAGCACAGCAUGCUGUCUCAGAUGGUUCUUCAAUGAUUUCCUACCUAUAUAUUUCUGUACUAUAGCUCUACACACACACAUUAGAGGUAUAAAUAUAUCUGUAUAUAUAUAAAAGCAUAUG